AUGAUGUAUAAAUGUAUGCGUACAUUGGAGAGUUCUUACCUAGUCCACAAGCCAGAAAAAAUGACGAAGGCGUUGCGGUACUGGAAAUCCAGUCCAUUGUUAUUGAUCUGCCUGCUUGCCCUUACAAUCCGCGUUAGUGAUGCACAAGAUCAAUCAGUUCUGACCCCGGGAUUCAUCAGCAUAGAUUGCGGGUUGCCUCUUGAAACCGGAAAUUACAGCCAGGCCGGCAUUACUUACAUCACAGAUGAAAGCUUCAUCGACACCGGCAUAAGUAUUAAUGUAGCUAGAGAAUACAUGGUGGACUCUGAUUCCCAACCCCGGAACCUAUGGAAUGUCAGAAGUUUUCCCAACGGAACCAGGAAUUGCUACAACCUCGAAUGGGUACAGGGCAAGGGUAAAAAAUAUUUGAUCAGGGCAAGCUUCCUGUAUGGAAACUACGAUGGCAAGGAUCAAGCUCCAAGGUUUGAACUUCAUUUGGGAUACAAACUGUGGGACAAUGUGAAUCUGACAGAUUCAAUUUCCACCGUUUUCAAGGAGAUCAUCCACGUCCCUUCAUCAAACUAUCUGUUUGUUUGCCUGGUCAACGCGGGUGACGGAACUCCUUUUAUCUCGGCCUUGGAGCUUCGGCUUUUGAAUGAUUCAAUGUAUCCGCGUGCUGAUACUGGUAACUCAUUAGCGAGUGGCGGUCGCUGGAAUUUGGCUGCAACAGAUCCCAAUAAAGCUCUCAGGUUCCCGGAUGAUAUCUAUGACAGGCGAUGGGAACCGUAUUUCCUUGCUGAAAAAUAUGCUGCACUUAACACCACAUCUGCUAUUCGAAAUACCUCCAUUUACGCUCCACCAAUGGCGGCGAUGCAAACUGCGAUGAUGCCUCUAAAUGUCAACCAGCCCGUGCUAUUUGAUUGGACUCCACUUGACCCUAACGUACCCUACUAUUUCUUCCUGCAUUUUGCCGAAGUUCAACCACUGCAGGGCACCGAUUACAGAGCGUUUUAUAUUAAUCUCAGCGAUCAAAGAUGGAUUGAGGAAGCUGUCGUUCCCGCUUAUCUCUCGGUUACCACCAAAACGUUAAACAUUUCAGAUAACAAAUCAAAGUUCAAUUAUUCACUUGUGAAAACUGAGAAUUCAACUCUGCGACCCAUCAUUAACGCUUUGGAGGUCUAUUCAGCUGUACGGUUCUUGCAGUCUCAGACUGAAGAAAAUGAUGUGGGGGCUAUUCUUAAUGUCAAGUCAGCAUACAAUUUGGUCAGAGAUUGGCAAGGGGACCCUUGUCUGCCCAAACCGUUGAUGUGGGAUGGACUUGAUUGCUUUUACUCCGAUGAUACCAGCGUUUCUCCCCGGAUCAAAUCACUUAAUUUGUCCUUCAGUGGAUUGACUGGGAGUCUGUCCUCUGAUUUCUCCAAACUAACUUCCCUGGAUAACCUGGAUUUGUCAAAUAAUAGUUUGAACGGACCUAUACCAGAAUUUCUGGCUGAGCUUCCACAAUUGAAAUUCCUGAACUUAUCAGGAAACCAGUUCUCUGGUUCAGUACCACAAAAACUACUUGACAAGGCAAAGAAUGGUCUGCAAUUGAGAGCUGAUGGAUAUGAAACUUGCAAAGCAGACCAGUGCAAGGGCGAGGAAUCAAAGAAGUUUGUGGUUCCACUGGUUGCCUCACUUAUAGCAUCUUUAGUCGUCUUAGCUGCCUUGAUUGUGACCCUGAGAUUAAGGAGUAGAAUCCCAUUUACAAAGAUAGGGGCUAACACCAACAGAAAAGAUGGCCUUUCGCCGUUUUUGGAGCCUAAAAACUUGCAGUUUAACUACUCAGAUAUUUUGAAGAUGACAGAUAAUUUUCAGAGGGUUCUGGGGAAAGGAGGUUUUGGAACAGUCUACCAUGGACUCACACCAGAUGGCAAACAAGUUGCCGUGAAGUUACUCUCGCUGUCUUCUGCCCAGGGAUACAACGAGUUUCAAACGGAGGCGGAGAUACUAGCAAGGGUUCAUCAUCGUAAUUUAACAUGCCUGAUUGGGUACUGCUACGAAGACAGCCACAUGGCCCUUGUUUAUGAGUACAUGGCUCGAGGAAACUUAAGGGAGCACCUUUCAGCAACUGAUGACAACGUCUUGAGUUGGUCACAAAGGGUUCAGAUUGCAUUAGAUGCGGCACAAGGAUUGGAUUAUUUACAUAGUGGCUGUAAACCUCCAAUAAUACACAGAGAUGUCAAGUCUUCCAACAUCUUAUUGAAUCAGAACUUAGAAACCAAGUUGGCGGAUUUUGGAUUAUCUAGAGCAUUCACUGUGGAUGAUGGAUCUCAUGUGUCAACCAGGGUUGUUGGCACCCCUGGAUAUCUUGAUCCCGAGUACUACGAGACUCAGAGACUGAACGAGAAAAGUGAUGCAUAUAGUUUUGGGAUAGUUCUAUUGGAGCUUAUCACAGGAAGGCCAGCGAUCAGCGGGACUGAUGAGAAGCGACACAUAAUGCAGUGGGUUAGUCAUUUUGUGGCUGCAGGGGACAUUGCCGGCAUUGUUGAUCCGAAGCUGAAGGGGAUAUAUGACACUAACUCAGCAUGGAAAGCUUUGGAAGUAGCCCUGGCAUGUGCUUCUCCCACUUCCCUAAAAAGACCAACCAUGGCUGAUGUUAUAACAGAGUUGAAAGAGUGCCUAGUGGCACAGAAAUUGAAUAUAGAAAGCGAAACUACAGAUGAAAGUGCUCUACUUGAAGUGAACCCUGAGAUUCUUGAAUCGGAAGUUGGGCCCAGGUGA